AUGACAGUCGCAGAGGUCGUGCCUGUGAAGGGCGGCACAUCGCUGUCGGACAGUGAUGCGAAAAACGGCAAGCUCCAGGGCUCGGUGUCGGGGAAGGACAGGCUUCACGGCCUCAACCUCCAGGGAAUCCACCCGCUGCUCGUCCCUGCGAUUCCUUCGCCCGAGGAUUUCAAGGAGUCGUGCCACUAUCCGGUGUUAGUCACGCUGAAUCCGUUUGGGGGCAAGCAGACUAUCGAUGGCGUGGUGUCGCCGGCCGUCAACCUGGAGUCGGUCAACCGCCGCCUCAUGGAGUUUGACAGCGAGCUAGCAUACGGCAAGGUGGAGAUCCACGUGCGCGGCGUCAAGAGCACGCAACCCGGCUUCUUCACCGGCAAGAAGCGGUUCGUCCAGGUCUGCGUGCAGGUGCGGGUGCUGGCGCGGCUACUGCUGGCGCGAUUCAAGGACCUGUUUAAGGCGUCAGACAUGUGCAUAGGCCAGGAGGCCUUCAACGUGGCCAAGCUGCCCACCUGGAUGUGCAGCGCGAUGAUGACGGCUGCAGGCAAGGCCUUCAGCAACACGACGCUGGUCAAGGUGGACGGCACCCCCAGGUACUUCAUGAACCCAGUGAUGGCCGCCUGCCAGCUGGUCAACGUGUCGAGGGAGGGGGAGCAGCCGGGGAUGUACGACGCGCAGGAGGACUGCACCCUCAUGCUGCCAAAGGCCGUGGACGCGCGCGGCAAACCGCUGGGGGCCGACAGGCGGCGCAAGUGGUGCGACGUGCCGGCAAACAUGGAGGGGGCCGUGUUUGACCCGUCCUACGUGUACACCUUCCACUUUUGGCAGCACUAUGCUGACUUUGGGGACUACCGCCUGAGCCUGGGGUGGCUCAACGUGGACCUGAGCGUGUUCAUGAACCGCUUCCCCCUGCAGCUCACCGUCAAGGACGUAGGCAGCGGCCAAUACGCCAUCAGCGUGCUGGUGUGGCACGAGCGGCUGCUGUACGCAGAUGCAGCCGAGAAGCUGGAGGAAGCAACCGCGUCGGCUGAGAAGCAGCUGCAGAGCAGCCUGGGCGGGCGGCUGAUGGGUGGUAUGAGCCGCAUGCUCGGAGGCGGCGCGAGGGAGUAA